CUCGAUAUCAAUGGAAGGACUAGAUUCAGGCGCCCAAGGGACGUCUCCAUCCUGAAUGAGUUUAUCAUGAAUCUCCCCCCUGCUGACGAUUAUGAUGACGAUGGUAUCAUUGUCACUGAAGCCGACUACGAGGAUGAUGUCCUAGAGGACGAGGAGGAAGAGGACUGUUACCUUGAUGAUUCCAGUGAUGACGUUGAUGUCGACAGUGGUGAGGUCUGGGAUAAGAAGGAGGAGGCGAAGGACGAAGAGGAGGAGUAGAAGGGGGAUGGAGGAAGAUGAUGGUCGUCGCCACCUGCCUUUUGCAGGGUUGGUAAGUUUUCAAAAUUCUAACGAGAAUCAGAAUUGAUUUAUCCUUUUCG